AACAAUAUUAAGGGGCACACCAGAAAAAUGGAAAGCAUGGAUUAAUUUCAGACGACGACGUUUUGCGGGUCGGGAAAUGUAGACAUUAUCUUGUAAACGGCUCCCUUCGGACUUGCAUAAGCCACGGUGCCUUUCCUCUCUAAUUUUGGUGGAUUUCAUGGCGGGCAAACCCUCAAACGAGACUAUUCUCGAGCAGCUAAAACAUGGACUUGCUGAAUUCGAGCUUGUCUCCUCUCCGGUUCCUUCAGUUUCCAGCCAUAAGCUUCGGACACAUCCUACUAAGUUCUUCACUGAUAAUACUCAUCGAGUUUUUGCAAGAAUCGGACCGCCCCUUGGUGGAGCUUCACCCGCAAUGAAGAAAGUGGAGCGUUAUUCGGUUCAGAAAGUUACUGGCGAUGGACGUUGUCUAUUUCGUGCACUGGUCAAAGGAAUGGCUUUCAACAAGGGUAUCGCACUUGGCCCACGGGAAGAGAGAGAUGAUGCAGAUGAACUGCGGAUGGCUGUUAAAGAGGUUAUAUGUGAUAGCAAUAAAGAACGUCAGCAGUAUGAAGAGGCAUUGGUUGCAAUUACGGUUGAGGAGUCUUUGAAACGUUACUGCCAACGCAUUGGACGACCUGAUUUCUGGGGUGGAGAGUCUGAGCUACUGGUGCUAUCAAAGUUGUGUUGCCAGCCGAUUACUGUGUAUAUACCGGAAAGUGAGCAUACUAGAGGUGGAUGGAGCUCUGGCUUUAUUCCCAUAGCGGAAUAUGGAGCCGGUUUUGGUAAGGGAUCGAGAAAAGGAAAACAACCUAGGAAAGUUGUGAAACUCUUGUACAGUGGUAAAAAUCAUUACGACCUACUUGUCUGAGAAUUCAUCAUGCUCAAUAGAACUGUCCUUGGACAGUGUUGUAUAAUCAAGAAAAUUUUGUGGAGAUUAUAUUUUUUCUUUAUUUAUUCAAAUCAUAAAGGACAUUACUAUCAUACAAUUCACACUAGAAAGUAAUCAUUUGAUUAGUAGUAAACCACUUAUAAAGCCUGUAAUUCUUUCACGAAUUUGUGUUCAUGCUUUUCUCCCAGGCUUUAGUUUGGAUGGAGGGGUUGGAGAGGGAAGAAAUGAGAGAAUAAGGAGGAAUAGCUUAUCUUGUGUUUCUUUUAAAAAUGAGGAGGGAACUGGGAAAGGAAAGAAUUACGAGCGAUGGUCGACUCCUUUGAGUGGUUGUUUUGCUAGGACGGGAUUUGAAAGAAAAUGAUACUGUGUGUUAAUGAUAACAUAGUGUCGAUUUUUCUAAACUUUUCAAAGGUUAACAUUAUACUACUUUUUUUUCUUUUCUUUUUUCUUGAAUACCUUAUUAUAACUAAUGUCAUCCUCCAUACUUGUUGGGAUUAUUCGGGGUGAUUAGUUUGAUAUCCUUUUGUGCCUGGAGUAUUUGGAAGGCGCGAAACCGUUUUGUCUUUGAGGGGGUCUUAUGGAGGCCCGAGAGAGUGGUUGAGAAGGCGGUUGCAAGUUUUUGGGAGUUUAAGGAUGCUAGGUCUCUCUGUACAUCUUUAAGCCCAGUUCAAGCCAUGCCAUCGGUGGGUUUUUGGGUUCCUCCUGCUCCCGGAAUGGUUAAGUAUAAUUUUGACGCUAGUUUUGUCGGGGAUCAUUGAUGUGUGUGUGGGGUGGGGUAGCAGUGUUUCAGGAUUUUAGAGGUGAUGUGCUUAAGGCGGUGAUUUUUUACCCGUUUCCGGCUUCAUCGCCUUUGGUGGCAGAAUCUUUGGUUUGUCAGCGUGCUGUUCUAUUUGCUUUGGCUUUGGGUUUUACUUGCUUAUGAUUUGAAUCGGAUGCUAAAGUUGUUGUGGAUGGGAUGAUGGGUGGAGCGGUUUGUCUGUCUGGAAUUGCUUCUAUUUGUUUUGAUAUUAAAGCGGAUCUUCAACGGUUUUCAUCAUCUUCAUUGACUCGUGUGUGGUCAAGGGAAUAGGGUGGCUCAUGCAUUGGCGAAUCUUUCUAGAGCUGGGAUUGAGUCGGAUCGUGUGUGGUCAAGGGAAUAGGGUGGCUCAUGCAUUGGCGAAUCUUUCUAGAGCUGGGAUUGAGUCGGAUCAUGUGAUGUCUUCUCUUCCUUCCUCAGUUGUGCGGCUUUCUUUGGAGGAUAUUGGGAGCUGAGGGUUUUGGAGUUGUUUGUUUGUUUUUGGGUGUUCGAUUGCCAGGAAAAAAAUAAAUAAAUAAAUAAAUACUUGUUGGGUUUAAGAGCACCAAAAUCGACAGCUUUAUUCAAAAUUUUAAGUAACUCUUUUCAAAUUUUAAAUCUAAACUGCUGAUUUGGACCCCAAAUAUAGCAUUCAUGUUUUGUAUCACAGAGUGAGUGGUGCAAGUUUCUGCGAAACAAAAAUUUUCUUCCAAACUUGUCAUUAUACUUUAAUGAAUUUGACAUGUUCUGUAAAAGCAAUAAUAAAUAAUCCAUAACAAUACAAUGGAAGCAUGGAGAAUCACAAUAAACUUAAAUAAAAAUCAAUAGACAUUUCUUUUUCUUCUGGGCCUCUGGCAAAUAACGGUGCCAAUCACUUGAUUCAAUUCAAACUCUCAUGGCAAUGGUGAUUAUUCGAAGGUAUGAGAUAAGUCAAAGCAACAACUUUCAGUCUUUCAAUGUCGACAGUCAAUAAUAAAAAUGAAGAUAUCACAACUCACCGGUUGAAUUGUAUGGGUGGAAUAAGAUGGGACUAAUUUAGUGGUAUCUUACAAAUUUUUCGUUAAAUGAAUUUUUUUUAAAAGAUGUUGACCUGGCAAUUUAUCUUAGUAAAAUGUUGUGAAGAAACAGUUAAUGAAAAUAUUGAGAUUGAUUAUAAAAAUAAGAUAUUAAUAACAAUCAGGUUCUUACUUUUAUUUUAAAAUUAAAAUAAAUUUAAUUGGCAAAAUAAAAUGAAAGAGGCGGUCUCGAACGAACUCAAUCUACCCAAAAAAUAAAAAUAAAAAUAAAAAAUCUAUCAAAACGGUGGUGUGUCAGACGGUUUCUUUCCACAUCUUGACUCAUAUAAGUGAUAAGUCAUAACGUGUAAUUCCACAAUCCAAAACCAAAAAAUGAAAAUAAAUAAAUAAAUAAUAAAUAACCGAUAGAGAGAAGCCAUCCAGAGCAAGUCAACCGAGAAAAACAGGAAAAGCUUAAAAGUAAUAAUAAUAAAUAAAUAAAAAGGCGAUACUUCUUUUACCAUACUCUAUCUUCUUCUUC